UUAAUUAUUUCUUCCAUUUGCGGCGACAAUUAUCAUGGAUGAACCAUCAACCAGCGAGUAGCUGGAGAUUGGACCCACCUAUUUAGUUACCCAUUGAGCUCAAAGUUCCAAUAAUCCCACCAGGAAUGUGAGAAUCCCUAGCCAGAUCUGCAUUAGAACCCAAAAAAAUGCUUGGAAUUGUGGCCACUUCUGCGCCUGUUUGGAUUUCCCUGAAUUCCAAGCACAGAAGCUGCAUUCCAGGAAGAGUCCCACUAAACCCAGCUCAAAAUCCCCAUUUUUUGCCUCUCUUGUCCACAUUUCCUCUUCAUUUCUCCGCCAAAAGGGGCCACAGUUUCCACACCCAAUUCUCAGCCGAAGCUGCCGCUUCUUCUUCUUCUUCAGUUGGAAGUGCUGAAUAUGUUGAAGACCCUGCCACCAAUGUGAAAUUUCAGACAAUAUUAAGCCUCCCAGGCUGCUCAAGUCCAUUAUUGCUACUUGGAACAGGAUACAGGGAGAAGGUUUUUGCAAUUAUCGGGGUUAAGGUCUAUGCUGCAGGACUGUACGUGAACCGAUCUGUUAUAAGCAGCUUGGGCACAUGGAAAGAUCGAACAGCUCAAGAGAUACAAGAGGACUCAUCAUUGUUUGACACGAUCUUUCAGGCUCCCUUGGAGAAAUCGUUACUUAUUGUCCUGGUAAGAGAUGUUGAUGGUAAGACCUUCUGGGAUGCCUUGAACGAUGCCAUCUCACCAAGAAUCAAAUCGCCCUCUCCAACCGACGAAUCGGCCCUCUCCUCGUUUAGUAGCAUCUUCCAAGGCCGGCCUCUUAAAAAGGGAACUUUCAUAUUCUUGACAUGGCCCAAUCCUUCCAAAAUGCUUGUUUCAGUGUCAUCUGACGGCUUGCCAUCUGUCGUGGACGCAACAAUUGAGUCGAUGAACGUUGCCUCGAUUCUCUUCAAUGUAUUCUUUGGAGGCAACCCGGUCUCCCCUUCCUUGAAAGCUUCAGUUGCCAAUGGUUUGGCAGCCAUGCUGACAUGGUAGUUUCAAAGUGACAAAAAUGAGUGGAGUGAGCAUGUUUUGGGCGGGAAAUGGAAGGUUGUACAUUAAAGAGCAAGACGAUUUGUCUUAUUUGAUCUGUUCAUCAGUGUAAUGUUGAAUAAAUGACUAGUUUCAUCA